AUGUUUGCCCUUUCCAAGGUUUUAAGGAGAAGCCAGAGUUUUAGACUAGGAGCUUGCAAUGCUGUGUACUACUCUAAGCUAGAGAUACCAUUGGGAGAGAGGAACGGUUCUGUUGAAUCAAAAGCUUUGUUACACAAUAAACACGAAGGCUCUUACGAGCACUCAUGGAACUCCUCUACCGGAAGACGUUCACUUUCCUCUGAUGCUGGCGCUAGAAGUUCAGGAGAGGAUGAAAAACUUGAAAUUUCAGACGGUACUAGUGGUGAUAGUGAAGAUGGGCUUCUGUCUGAGGAGGAGUUGUCUGGUGAUGAAGGUGACAUUGAUGGAGCAGAACUUGAACUACUCUCUGAGGAUGGUAAAACACCGGGAAGCAAGAGAUCAUCUGAGCUGUUUAAGGCCAUUGUUUCUGUCUCAGGUUUGUCUGUAGCGACUGCACUUGAUAAAUGGGUUGAAGAGGGAAAGGAGAUCAACCGCACAGAGAUUGCAAAUGCCAUGUUACAGCUCCGUAGGCGUCGUAUGUAUGGGAGAGCACUGCAGUUGGCAGAAUGGCUUGAAGAACAUAAGCAAUAUGAAUUGGAAGAGAGAGAUUAUGCUUCUCGGCUUGAUCUGAUUGCCAAGGUACGUGGUCUGUACAAGGGAGAGCUUUAUAUAGAAAGAAUCCCAGAAUCUUUCAGAGGGGAGCUGGUCUACCGCACCCUCCUGGCGAACUAUGCAUCAACAAGUAACGUGAGGAAAGCAGAAGCUGUUUUCAACAAAAUGAAGGACUUGGGAUUCCCUAGGACAUCAUAUACUUGUGAUCAGAUGCUUAUGCUUUACAAGAGGGUCGACAAGAAGAAGAUAGCUGAUAUGUUGUUGAUGAUGGAGAAGGAAAACCUGAAGCCGACUCUCUACACAUACAAAAUCCUUAUUGACGCCAAAGGAGCAUCAAAUGACAUUAGUGGGAUGGAACAGAUUGUGGAGACAAUGAAAAGUGAAGGUGUUGAGGUUGACCUUCGUGCAAAAUCCAUCGUUGCAAGACACUAUGCAUCAGCUGGGCUUAAAGAGAAGGCUGAGAAAGUGCUGAAGGAGAUGGAAGGUGAAAGCUUGGUGGCUAAUCGUUAUGUGUGCAAGGAUUUGCUUUCCAUCUAUGGCUUUCUCCAGAGAGCGGAUGAGGUGAGCAGAAUCUGGAAGAUCUGUGAAGACAACCACCCUUUUUAUAAAGAGUCCCUUGCUGCAAUCCUGGCCUUUGGAAAGAUUAAUAAAGUGAAAGAAGCAGAGGCGGUUUUCGAGAAGUCUGUGAAGAUGGGCCAUAGAGUUUCGUCAGGGAUGUACUCUGUCCUCUUGAGAGUUUACGUGGAUCACAAGAUGGUCUCAGAGGGCAAGGAACUUGUUAAGAAGAUGUUGGACAGCGGAUGCAAUAUAGGGGCCUUAACAUGGGAUGCACUGAUCAGGCUCUAUGUGGAAGCCGGGGAAGUAGAAAAAGCUGAUUCGUCAUUGAGCAAGGCAACACAGUUGAAACAGAUAAAGCCCUUGAUGAGCUCUUUCAUGUACGUGAUGGACGCGUAUGCAAGAAAAGGUGAUGUUCACAACACUGAGAAGAUCUUCCAGAGGAUGAGGCAAUCUGGCUAUCAUUCUCGCUUCAGACAGUUUCAGUCCCUUAUACAGGCUUAUGUCAAUGCCAAAGCUCCAGCUUAUGGAAUGAAGGAUAGAAUGAAAGCUGAUAACGUCUUCCCUAACAGGGGAUUGACUGUUCUGCUCGCUAAUGCUGAUCCCUUCAAGAAGACGCCUCUCUCUGAUCUCCUAGAUUGA